AUGAAUGUUCAAGAGUAUUCUUUGAAAUUUAUCCUAUUGUCUAAGUAUGCUCCAUCUUUGGUGUCUAACCCAAGGGAUGAGAUGCGUAGAUAUGUGACGGAUGUGUCCGACCUAGUUGAGGAAGAAUGUUGUACAACAAUGCUCUAUGAAGACAUGAACAUCUCUAGGUUUAUGGUAUAUGCUCAAUCAAUUGAGGAGUCCAAACUUAAGAGAAAGAAUAGGGACAUGAAGAGAACUAGGUCCGAUGAGCAAGGUCAACCAAGGUUCAAAAAGAGGGAUUCUAACCAAGAUUCUUCAAGCACUCCUAGGGUUAACCAAGAGAAAGGUAGUGGUUCUCCAUUUCCUAAACCUAUUUGCACCAAUUAUGGAAAGGAACACUAUGUGAACUGCCUAGCCAGUACAUAUGGAUGCUAUGGUUGUGGAAAAAGUGAUCACCAAGUGAAAAAUUGCCCUACUCUCACGGCCAAAGGGAGAGCUGUCAAACAAGCUUCUCUUAAUGGCUCGGACCCGUACGCUACAAAGAAUAGUCGUUUCUAUGCACUUCGGGCUAGAGAAGACAAAGGAGCUCUUCCGGAUGGAGGCACCGGUUUGUUGAUAGUUCCUUAUAGUUGUGAAUGUGUAUUGAGGUUACGAUGUUAUUUUCAUGUUAGCCUUAGUAUGGGUUUACUCCCAAGAGGGAGAUAG